AUGUCAACUCAAACCAAACCAUGGAAGUACUCUCUGCAGCCGUCACCUCACUUGGACGGAACAAAUAUCCCAACUACUGCAUUCCCAUUGCAGACAGAGACGAUUCAAUCUUUGGGUCUUCAGAGUGCGCAGUUUGAAGUCGGUUGCUUGCAGGACUUGGAAGAACCAGAUGGCCUCAGUCCUUUGAUACUUGGAUAUGCCCGUUGGAUUAUGUCCGUGAGUGAUCAAAGUCGUAUCGCCUUUUGGAUCAUGGCAGAAGAUGCAGAAUCAACUGUGAAAUACGCAAUCGUGAUAGCUCAGCGGACAGCUGAACAUGAAGCUCUCACAUGGGAGGUGUACGAGGCUACCCUCGAAGGAACAGAUAACGUGGAAUUCGGAAUGCGCCUCGUAGAGGCCGCAGAGGUGGAGGUGGAUCUGCCAACUUCGAUUCGAGUACUAUUGUGCAUUGACUUGCAAUCGUCGAAUGGAAAUCUUACCUAUCGAGGAGAAUUGGAGCAGGGAAUAAAUAUAUCAAGCUUUGAUCUGUUGAAAUACUAUAUGCAACAACCAGAGGGCAAAUAUUCCAGUGCCACCUUUUGGAGAAAGGAGCUGGCGGAGUUUGUCGGCUGUUCCGAGAGAAGCUUUCCCACGAUAUCCUGUGACCGUUUGAUCGCCUCUACUGGUAACACUCCAGUGCUCACCCAAACUCUCACUAUGGGUGUGUCGUGGGAUCAGUUGGAGACCCUGGCACAAGAAUUCCAUCUGAAAUCACCCGUCUCGGUGGUUCGUGCCGCGUUUGCAUGUAUACUGGCUGAAUAUCUCGAGUCGGACAGGGUCAUCCUAGGAGACCGGCCAUCGGCAAAUCCUAAAGAUAGCGGCUCUGUAGCCCUGGUCCCAGUCCUACUUUCCGAUGAUGAUACUGCGAAUAACUUGUUCUGUCGAGUCGAUGGUUUCACCGCAAGAGCAGCCACAUUCCCAAACCUACCUCUAGAAGAACUUCGUGAAAUUCUCCGGGUUCCUUCAGGUGGCACCCCAUACAAUGCGCUCUUUACCCAUCAUUUUGAUACGUUAUCCUGUGAAAAUUUGGAGACAACAUCGCAUGAGACACUCAUGCCAUGCCUCGGUGCUCCCAUGCAUCUCAACUUCCAACGUUCAGAGCAGGGCGUGCUCAUCUGUACACUCUCUGUCAGAGGUGAUUUGAUGGAUGCACCCCACUUGGAGUUAGUUCUACAGCAAAUCAAUGCCCUCACUGCUGUUAUUUCCUCCGAGCAUGCUCAAUCAAUUCGAGAUCUCACACAAUCCUUUCCCAACAACCUGCUCUCAGUCCAUUCACCGUCAGCUAGUGACCAACUUCAACAAGCCCCCUUGCUAUCCCCUGCACAUUGGGUCGAUCAUUGGGCAUCCAUAAAUCCCGCAUGGAGUGCCCUAGAGAUUAUCGAGAAAAUCAGCGAGGAUGAGACUGUUUCCCAGACAUGGACGUACGACGAAUUAUCCCAAACCUCUAACCAGCUUUGCGCAUGGCUGAAAGCUCAUGGAUGGCGCAAUCAAUCCAUAGCUGUCUGUCUUAGCCGCUCUUUCAUGGCUUACGCACUUGUUCUGGCUAUUUGGAAAAGCGGAAAUUGCUAUGUGCCUGUGGCAGAAGAUCUCCCGGAGGCGCGCCAGAUCUUCCUUCUAGCAGACAGUGGUGCUAUGGCAUUUUUCACGGACAAGAGUGUCGCCAAGACAAUUGUUCCCCCUGAUAAUUGCCUAGUGAUUGAUAUUGAAGACCCCGAGCUUCUCGAAGAUACCUGGGUAAUCGAGCCAGCCACUGAAUUCGAUCCCAAACCAACUGAUGACUGUUAUCUUCUCUACACCUCUGGGUCAACGGGGACGCCCAAAGGCGUGCUAGUCAGUCGAGGAAAUCUCUCUGCCUUUACCGAAGCGCAGUCAGAAUAUAUCUGUCGUGAUGUGCCAGAUACCCUGAAAUUGAAAGGCACAGGAAGUUAUCUUGCGCAUGCUAGUCGGGCCUUCGAUGUACACAUCUGUGAGAUGGUGCUGGGCUGGCGGCAUGGUCUUCGUCUGGUAACAGGUCCUCGGACCAUGCUUCUGGACAAUUUGUACCUGGUUCUCAGUCGACUGAGGAUCAGUCAUGCCGGUUUCGUGCCUUCGCUCCUCGAGCAUGCCGGUAUUAGCGCUGAGCAGGUACCGGAUCUGCGAUAUCUUGGCGUUGGAGGGGAGAAGAUCUCAGAGACAAUUAUCGAGCGCUUUGUGGGCAAACCAUCCAUUGCGCUCGUGAACGCAUACGGCCCGACUGAGGUGACAAUUGGAAUGACAAGCCACACAGUAACGCCUCGGUCUACUGUGCGCAACAUUGGUACGGCUGUCGGUAACAUCACAAUCCACGUUUUGGAGCCCGAUAGCACGAGAUAUGUCAAGCGAGGCCAAGCAGGAGAGCUCUGCGUGACAGGUGAUUUGGUCGCCAAUGGGUACCAUCGCAGACCCGAUGCAGGCGGCUUCACUGAUUUGAAUGGGCAACAAAUGUACCGCACUGGAGAUAUUGUGCGCUUGAUGGCCAACAACUGCGUUGAGUACCUGGGCCGGCGAGAUAGCCAGGCUAAGAUUCGUGGUCAACGUCUCGAGCUUGAAGAAGUUUCAGUCGCGGUCCGUCGAUGUGCAGACUUUCCCGUCAAUGUCACCUCAAUAGUGACGCCCUCUCCAAUCACCAAACGCCCUCAAUUAGUCUCCUUCAUCAGUCCUUCCAGCAACCGACCAGAAGAUACUGGAACACAAACCACUUUCCUAAAGGACAAAUACCAAACAUGGGUGCCAAAGAUCCUGGCGCGCUGCCGUAUCGAACUACCUGCGUACAUGGUACCCAGUAUCUUGCUCACCGUCAGUUCAAUUCCUAUUCAGAUCUCAGGAAAAGCAGACAAUCGCCGUCUUGUGGCCUUAUAUGAGAGUAUCCCUAUGUCAGACUUGCUCUUGGAGUCCGGAGAGAUUGCCAUUCAGCUUCCUCAGACGGCCAUGGAGCCAGAUACCACACCUUUGACAAUAGAGGAGGAGGAGGUCCGUGAUAUACUCUGCUCUCAACUGCAGAUUGAGCAAAGCAGUAUCACCAGAGCCACCAACAUAUUUCAGCUGGGAAUCGAUAGCCUCGCUUCUCUCGGUGUGGCUGCCAAGAUGCGCAAGGCAGGCUAUGUUUGUGCGGCGAGCGAUGUUCUUUCCAACCCUACAAUUGUACGGCUUGCAUGUUUGCCACGGACUCACAAAUCCGGCGAAGGGCCAAGAAGGGACUUAUUCUCGGACGAAUCAGAUGAAGCUUCACGGAAAAUGAAAGAACUCGACCAAGUGUUCCGAAUGUCCCAGAAACAAUUCGCGGGCUCCUGUAUUUCUGUGAUUCGGCCAUGUCUACCUCUUCAAGAGAGCCUUGUCUCCAAUUCCGUGGGUAGCCCAGUCCCGUUGUACGUUAAUCACAUCAUGUGCCGUCUGGGACCAGACAUCACGCUUCCUGCGCUGAAAAUGGCCUUUGAAGAUUUAAUACAAGAGAGUGAGAUUUUGCGCACCUGCUUCCAUGUUGCAGAUGACAGAAUAGUCCAGGUUGUUUUGAAACCUCGUGCUGUUAGCCUUCCAUGGACCGAGGUCCCCGUGUCGGAUGAAGGCACCGCUCGUGAUCUGUUCAAUAGCGUUCAAACUGGGAUUGCAUCGAACCUCGUCCGCCAAAUCGAGACCAAGCCCCCACUACAUCUUCUUGCAGCCACUUCAGCAACCAAGGAAGGAUCGGGGUGGUUGAUGCUAUCCAUUCAUCAUUCCAUCUUUGAUGGUGCCAGUAUGGAUGUCUUCCUCGGCCGGCUUCACCGACACUACACUGGGGAGACAGCCAUGACCCCGGUCGAUCUCACUCCACUUUACCAUUAUUUUGCUACUAAUGAUGGGAAGCAAGCUGAGCAAUUCUGGACUCAAUAUCUUGCUGAUUGCCUGCCAGGUAUCGUCACCAGCCAUGAAGGAACCGAUAGUUCGUAUGAAAUUGUCACGAAGAAGUUGUCUUUCACAUUAUCCAAAAUCUCCAAAUUCGCCUCCGACAAUUCCACCACCGCAUCCAUGGUUUUAGAAACAGCUUGGGCAAUCACAUUGGCAAAGCACUUGAACCAAAGGGACAUUAUCUAUGGCCGAGUAAUGAACGGCAGAGGAAUCCCAGUAGGAUCAGUGGAAUCAAUGCUAAUCCCCCUCGUCACAACGAUCCCUGGUCGGUUCCAGCUUCCUUCUGGUGAAUCGAGGGUGGUUGACCAGAUAAAGACGCACACCGAGGCUAUCAUUGGAUCCCUACCAUACCAACACACACCACUUCGCGAUAUCCAGCGGUACGCUAGUGCGUCCGGUCCACUUUUCAACUCGAUGUUUUCAUACCUUGCAUCUGGUCCUCGAUCCUCGGCGGACAAUAUGUUGUUGGAAAUGGAUAGUGCCAUGUCAGUGGACUACCCCCUUGCACUAGAGAUCAAAGCGGAGUCAGAUCCCGACACAGUCACUUUGCGCUUGAGAAUUGCCAGUGAUCAUUCCUCCUCCGACCAAGGCCAUGCGUUGGUCGACGCAAUUUCCACUCUUGUUGAAGACUUGCUCUCUGAUGGAGAUGUGAUCGUUGAUGCUGGAACAAUCUCUCAACAACAGAGAAAACAGGAGCCCAAAUGGGACGAAACGCAAUGGAGCGAAAGUGAAAUCACUAUUCGCGGAGCUGUGGCCGAGAUAACAGGUAUUUCUGAGUUGCAGGUUUCGAAGAAUGUGUCAUUCUUUGCUUUAGGAAUUGACUCUGUGAUUUCAAUUCAUCUGGCUCGACGCUUACAGGAGAGUGGACUUAAAGUAUCUUCCAGUGAUAUUCUGAGAUAUCCAUCAAUCGGUACUCUCCACAAGUCUUUGGAUAACACCAUUGCCGUUUCCGAUGUACCGCUUGUUGAUGAGACUACGCCUGAUCAGGGCUUGAGUGUUGAUCUGUUCGACGCACAUGACUCAAUUGUUGAAACUUAUCACUGCAUGCCUUUGCAAACAGCGAUGAUCGGCCAAUGUUUGAGCUCUGAGGGUAAAGAAUAUGUUCAUCAUCAUGCAGUUGAGCUUCCAAACGCAGUCGACUUCGAGAAAAUGAUCAGUGCCUGGCAAAAUGUAGUAGAACAGGUCGAUAUCCUUCGUACCUCGUUUCACCGGCCCCAUGCAAGUCGUGAAUUCCAUGCUGCAGUCCAUCGAUCUGCGGUAAUACAGUGGUCACAUGAAGAUGUUGCAUCCCUUCCUGUGGCUGUUGAGCAAAUAUCCCAGCGAGCCGCUUACCCGAACAUCAAGAACUUUGACAGGCCCCCAUGGAAGAUCACUUUCCUCACUGAAGCUUCCCAGAAACUUAUGGUCGUCACCAUGCAUCACUGUCUUUAUGAUGGAUUUUCUCUUCCCAUGCUCUUUGCUUGUGUGGAGAAAUAUUACCAUGGCCAUCAGAGCCAUGUUGGCUCCUUCGCACCUGUAGCACGCAAGAUUGCAUCCACGCAAGAAUCAUCCGUCCGAUUUUGGACUGAUUCAGUAGCGGGAUACCAAUACCCACAGCUCCAGUCUCCUCCGGCCCCGACCUCCACUACCAGUGUCCAGUGGGCAGAGACCAAGCUUGAAAGCUCAGUAGCCACAUUGCAACACCAAUGCGGCUCACUCAAUGUUACCUUGCAGACUGUGGCGCUGCUUGCAUUUGGCAGAUCAUUGGCAUUGCGUCUUGGUCAGCGAGAUGUGGUUUUUGGCCACGUAGUAUCAGGACGAGGAUUUGAUGUUGAUCCUACGGCUUCGGUUAUUGGCCCCCUGUUCAAUACAGUUCCCUUCCGCUUGAAGCUUGAUUCUUCUCAAAGCAUCCGAUCGGCCUUGCGAGAUAUUCAAAUGUUUUGCAUCGAUUCCCAGCCUCACCACCAUGCACCAUUGAGUCUCAUUCAGAAGAGAUGGCGUCUGACAACUAACGGAGACAACUCUUCGUUAUUCAAUGCCAUUUUCACGUUCAACAAAUCCCAAGCUCCAACGCAAGAUUCAUUUUUCCAGCCCUACGAGUUUUCUCGCAAGCCGGAUGUUCCCCACCACCCAUUAAAUGUGGAAUUUGACCAGACUGAGAAAUCUCUUGUGAUCCGGGCAACCAGUCGUGAUUUCCUGACCAACGACGAGCUGCACACUUGGUUGCAUAAUCUUGCCCGGGGCAUUGAGGAUAUCGUUUUAUCUGAAAACAAGCCUGUUCUCAAUUUCCCUUCUGGCCUCAGCGAUUUGCCCUUAGUUGCCACGGGUCCGCAUCAAGAUGAGGAGAAGCCUGUAGACACUCUUGUCCUAGGCCAAAAUGUGCAAAUACUUAGGAAAAUCCUUUCAGACGUUACUCAAAUAUCGAUGGAAACAAUUCAAGAGGGCAACAGUAUCUUCGCACUCGGAGUCGACUCAAUCUUGGCACUGGACGUUAGCAGUCGUUGCCGCGAGGCUGGACUGAUGGUCUCAGUGAGCGAUAUUCUUCAAGGACGGACAAUUCGAGGCAUCGCGAUGCUCGUUGCUGGUAAGCCCACUCAACCCCGUGGCUCUCCAAAAAUCGUCAAACCCGAUAAUUUCGUUGUCAAAUCGGAUCCAAAAUUCAACGCAUUGGAUAUUCUGGGUCUAUCUGAAGAUAACAUUGAAGCGUACAUGCCUUGCCUUAGCGGUCAGCUAUUCUACAUAUCUGCGUGGCUCCAAAGCAAGCGACAACUGUGGGAGUUUACGUUUGCGUUCAACAGUCGCAUUAAGCUUGAUCCGGAACAAGUUCAAAACGCAUGGCUGCAGCUACAAAGGAGACAUGAAAUCCUUCGCACAUCGUUCGCAGCCGUCUCUUCAAACGAAGUCUUGCAGGUUGUACAGAAAGCGAGCAAAACCAGCGGAGAAGUUCAGGUGUACAAUGAGCAAUCUACUGGAGACUUGAAUACUUUGGUUCAAGACCUGGUUCAUCGUAUUGCUCGUAACCCGUCUGAUCUCUUCACACCUCCUGCCCGGCUACACCUAAUUCAGCACCCUGACUCGGACGUUCUUAUACUUACCUUGCAUCAUGCUUUGUAUGACGCGUGGGCGAUUACGAUUCUUGUCAAGGAGCUAGAAGCCUUGUACCAGGGAGAGGAUCUAGCACCCCCGUGCGAGUUCUCUUCUUUCAUAACCAGCACUCUUCAAGCAGCAAACUCCGAGUCCGCACAAAGCUACUGGGAAGGAGUGCUCGAAAUGGGCCAACGAACUAUUCUCGGACCAGGUUCUGCUAGUCAUGAGAGCAAUCUCCACAUUCGAUCCUCUGAGCGCAUCUUCUCUCGCAAGCUCCGCGAAAUCCAAGUUCAAUGCCGGAGACUUGAAGUUUCUGCGCCGUCUUUGAUGCUGCUGGCAGUGGGUCGCAGCCUUGCGCGUACGGCAGGCAUUUCUCAUCCAACAUUUGGUCUUUUCCAAUCCGGGCGCUCAAGCGAGUAUCCGAGAAUCCAAGAUAUGGCAGGCCCUACCGUUAACAUGCUACCACUCGUGGUCCCGGAUGCUCUGACGUCCCCAACUCCACAGGCUCUGGUCGCCAUGCAGCAUGAUUUGGUACAGCGAAAUCUCCAUGAUCAGACUGAUCUUCGAACUCUCUGCGAGAAGAUGAAAGCAUUUGGUAAUGAGCUACAGUUCAACGUCAUUGUCAACAUUGUUUGGGGUCAACUCAAUGGUUCUGCUGCUGAACAAGACAACGACUCCAUUUUCACUCCUUUCCCCCUCAACUCUCCAAUUGAUUCUGAGUUUGAAGAACCACCGGUUGGAAAGACCUCUGUUGAUCAUUUUGACUGGAAAUGUCUACCCGGCGUUGGUGCUAUCUAUUUGGAGGUGAGCUCUAACGAGCGAGAUGAUGCGCUGUUGUGGAAAGUUGAGUAUACAUCGGAUUUGAUCUCAGACGAUCAGGCUGAGCUGUUUUUGAACACUCUGGAAAAAGAGAUGGAUAAUAUUGGAGAAGCUUGA